ACGAAACUUGUUGAGACUAGCUCUCUCAACACUGCUUAUCUCCCAACAACAUCCAUUGAAGACUUUACUCUUGAGUCAACCAAAUUUAUAUUAAGAAAGCAUCUCCAUUAACACAUGAAUGUCACAGGAAACCCAUCGGAGGAAACAUUAUAUCUCUAUGAUUGUGCAUGAUCAGUUCAUUUCCUAUCAUGCUUAUAUGCGAUUAUUUGUAUCAAAAUUAAUUAAAAAAAUCUACAAAUAUAAAAUGACUACAACAUAUUGUUUAUGGCUACGGUUUGAAAUGUCGAUUAGGUCACCGAAAUGAUGAGAGAAUGAGGUUGUCAAAAUAACAAGUAAUCCAGAAAAUAAAGUUAUCGAAAUAACGAGUUAAUAAAAGAAUUAAGUAUUUUCUAAAAUUAAUGGAUGCAUCAGUUCUUUAAUAUCAGUUCUUAUUUAUAUAUAUAGUUUCACAAGGUGUUUUUUGUUACUAAUAUUUUUCUUUUGGAGUUUCUUUUCUGAUUUCCCUUUUUUGACAAGAUGUUAGACUUUUACUUAAUACUAGGCAGGUUUAUUUUAAUUUAGAAAGAUUUUUAAUGAAAUUAAAUGCACAUUCCACCUCUAACAAUUUCGUAACUAAAUUUAAUAAACAGAAUUCGAAUUUUCAGAAAAUAAAGCAGUGGUGCACGUGGAGACUCUGAGUUUAAAACAGUCUAGUUGUUAGUCAAUUGUUACUUAGAGCUCUCCACCUUGAGAACAGCUUACCUUCGUUGUUCUCUGAUGACCGCAGCCGUCACCGGCAUUUCCUCACCGGAACCGCCAGAUCCAGACCCACCAGACCUAACUUCAGCAUUUACAAUUCCUUCCACUUCUGUUUGCUUUCCUGUCCUUACUCUCACCAUUUCAGAUCUAGAUCUAAAAAUUCAAACUUUUAGAAAGAUAGAUUUGAGCAGCCAGAUCUUCAAAAAGACUUUUCUUCUAAAAGAUUUUGGUCUGGUGAAUCUUAUUGUCGUGUUCAUACGACCCCUUACUGCAGUAGGCAGAUCUGUCUCCAUCACCUCUUAUCCUGAAGCUCACCCUUCUCUCAUUUUCACCAUGUCUCCCACCACCGGAUCUCAUUCACCGCCAUCACUGGAACCAUUAAUCCUUCUACUGGAUACAUCCCUGCAGGUUAUAGAUUUGAAACUUUUUAUCUCUAUCUUGCUUGCUUCGAUGAUGUCCUUUGAGUGUUCUCUCGUGCCUUGUUACGGCGCGCUCGCCUCUGUGCGAUUCUCUGCAGUAUGCAGUCUAGUUUCUGGUUUCACUCCACUAAAUGAUAGUUUGAAGUUGCUUCCUCAUCGCUUGUGGCAGAUUCGGAGUAGUGUGCCCAAGAUUAUGUAUGCUUCCAUGUUUGUUUUGUUCAAAGGCUCAUCCAUUUGGUGCUUUGUCGCCUCUGCUUGUGAUGCCGAACUUCUGAUUGUUAAAGCUGCUUCUGUUGCGGUUUCAAUCCCGGGCGUUAGACCAGUACUUGUGCUCUCCAAUUCCCAAAGCUUCAUUUCACUUCUUAGCACGAUUGGCGUUGAGUUUCGAGGACUGCUCAGCGACAUUAUGUGUUGUUUAUGUGUUAUGUUUGCUCCUAUCUUAUGGUGUUAUAUCUCAUUGCUUUGCUUUGCUAUGGUAGCAACAUAUGUUUUAGCCGGUUUGGCUUUGUUAUUGCUUAAUGUAAACAAUUUCUCCAACAAUGGGGACUAAUGAUUUAUAAAGCUGUUGUUUGAUCAAAAAAAAAAUGUUAGUCAAUUGUUGUC